GAGAGAGAGAGAGAGAGAGGCAGAGAGAGAGAGAGAUCACUCUGGCACACAGAGAGAGAGAGGGAGAGAAGUCUAGAAGGCUUAUAGGAACAUUGAAAGAAGAGAAAGACCUGCUGCUCUGCCACAUUUCCCUCACUUUACAGCCAAAAAAACAAGGUGAAUACUUUUCCUUGAAAAAGUUCAAGAAGGUGCCAUGGACGGGAUAACCGUGGGACGCGCGUCGCUCCUGUGCACCUUGCUGCUCUGGGCAAUUCAAGUUUGCAGUGGGGAAGUGACUGUGAAGUCAUCUCCUAAAAUCGAGGUGUUGAAAGGAGAGACGGCUAAACUCCCCUGCACUUACACUGGCUCACAGUCAAGUACCACUGUUGUUGAAUGGUACUAUGACGAGCAGGGUACCAGGAAACGUGUGGCUUACCGCACCAAGGCUGGGGAGGGAACCAGCGACAGCGAGACCCCUUUCACAGGCCGGGUCACCAUCGAAGAUGACUUCACGUUGAGCAUCACUUCUGUCGGACCCGCUGACGAGCUGACCUUCAUCUGCCAGGUCAAUGCUGGAGUUCAAGGGGUCGGAGAAGACACCACCAUGCUCAAAGUCUUUUUUGCUCCAGAGAGGCCAGAAAUCAAAAAACCGUCAUCUCAGGGAAUUUCCGCGGGAGAAUCUUUCAGCUCCGAGAUCGGUGCCUGUGUGACGAUGAAUGGACACCCCCAGCCAAGAAUCAUCUGGUUCAAAGAUGAAACGCCUCUUCCUGAGGUCAAGGAUAAGAAAGAAAAGACCUACAUGGUUCCCUCUGUGGUCAAAGAGGCUUCGGGUCUCUUCACCAUUAAGAGCACCCUCUACAUGCAGCCCACCAAGGCUGACAAGGACUCUGAGUUUUAUUGUACCGUUGAGUACAGCAUGCCAGGAGACCAGAUCAAACAGAAGAAGUCUGACAGAAUCACCAUCAACCUCAACUAUCCGUCUGAGAAAGCAACCUUCACUCUGCUCAACUCCGAUCCAGUCAAAGAGGGCGACACUGUCACGAUGCAGUGUGAGACUGAUGGAAACCCUCAGCCUGACUUUGAGUUCACCAAAGACGGGCAGCCCAUCAAUGGUGACCAGGGUCUUCUGACUCUGAAAUCUGUCAAGCGCACAGAUUCCGGCGAUUACGCGUGCACCGCCUUGGACUAUGAUAACCUGGAUGCUGACCUGAAUGCAGCUCUAAACCUCAAUGUCCACUACAUUGACCCUCUCAACGUGACCCCAACUGGUCCUCAAGUUAUCAAGCUUGGAGACAAGGUGGAGUGGCAGUGUAAGACCAAGGGAUCCGACCAUCAUAUAGUCCAUUGGAAAAAGGGCUCUGAGAUGCUCUCUCAGGACGGUGUUCUAUCAAUACAAGAAGCUACAUAUGAUAAUGCUGGAGAGUACGUUUGCGUUGGAGCCGUUCCGUCUGUGCCUGGCCUGAAGGCUGAGGCCAGUGUCAACCUCACUGUCACAGGAAAACCAAUGAUCGAGCCUCCUGCUCCUGGAGAGGUGGGGAAGGAAGGAGACAGCGUGACUCUACUGUGCUCGGCUUAUGGUUUUCCCCUUCCUCAGUUCACCUGGAAGCCCUCUGGAAAGCAGUCCAUCACAGUGGAAGGCAACAAGGUGGUGAGCUCUGUGACGCUACAGACCACGGCCGAUGUCAUGAAGGGCGGGGUGGUCUGCGAGGCCUCCAACGACCAUGGAUCUGAUAGCAAGACCUUCCCGGUAUCUCUGAAACGAGCAAUUGGCAACUCAGCUGAAGUGCUGCUCUCUGGAAACCCUGUGCUAAAGUCAGCUGACAAGCAGCAGGGAGGCUCCAGCGGGGUGGUGAUAGCCGUAGUGGUGUGUGUUCUGCUGCUCCUGCUGCUGGUGGCCCUCAUCUACUUCCUGAGCAAGAAGAGCAAGCUGCCCUGCGGCAAGAAGGACAAGAAGGAAGUGUCCACCGGAGAGGUCAACAAUGACAUUGUAGUGGAGAUGAAGACGGACAAGGCCAACGAAGAGGACGGUCUGCUCAACAAAAAAGUUUCCACACAACAGUGAUGAAACCAGGAGAAGGAAAAGACUCAGAGUGAUGAAGGGAAGAGGAGGAUGUCAGUCACGAAGACAACAGGGCUAUUUUGUUUUUUCUUUCCUACAUUGGACUGUGCGGACAGCAAGAGGUAGUGAAGCAGGAGGGCUUGUUUUGGGGACUUUAAGGUACACGUCACGCUCCGCUUUGGUUAUGCUUGUUUCCUAACGUAGCUUUUUUAAAUAAAGAAAACAAAUCAAAACACAGCGGGCGACUGGAUAACAGCUUGUUUUUUAGCCAAUCACAAUCUUUGGUAGGCUCCUCUACAGAGCAGAGAUGUACAUUAAGGCACAACUGAAAAAAAGAUAAACGCAGUGGCUUAAUCCUUCCAAUUUACCUUGAAUGCAGCACAAAAUGUCAAUAACCCUUUUUUUUUUGUCUGUGGCGUUUGUCUGCAUUCAAGCAUUACAGGGAACAUCCUGUCUGUUUUGGAGUCUGCACUUAAAUUCUUUCCUUACUGCUGGUAGUAAUUGGGGAAAUUAACAAGCUUUCAUCCAAUCUGAUUCACUUCAGUAAAUGAUAUUUUGGUCCCUCAAACAAAUUGUUUGGCUGUAAAUUUUGUUUUUUUGCUUUUAUAUUAUUUUUUUUCAAAGAAACUCAUCUUUGCUUUAGUGCAUUUUGUUUAAUUGUACGUUUGCAACCCGUGAAUGUUUAUAUCUUGUUUUCCAAUAUCAUUUAUUAGCUUUUAGUAGAGAGAAGCCAUGUAUUUAAUAACAGCAGCCCUAUCUCAUUAUUGCUAGAAUUGUUCAAUCCAGGCCAAAAGCCGCCCAGCAGCAAAUCUUUUAGGUUGUACAAACUUGUUCUCACCAUUUCCAGCACACAAGUACAUUAAAUGGGAUCAUUUGUUUGUCUUUCCUUUUCUGCAUCUCUGUAAAUUCAGAUACCUGUUACAUUGACUCUGGAGCAGGAGCAGCUGCACGGUGCUGAGUCCAGCUUGACUGUGGUUACUGAGCUGUAAUUGCUAUGCUUUCUUCUAAAGUGCAUUGUUGCUUUCUUGUCAGUGCCAUUACCACAGUCUUUCAAAGGAACGUUGGUGAUAUUUGGUGAGAGGAACGUGUUGUUUUUCCAUUCAAAGUCAAAGUAAAUGACACCCUUAGUAUAGGGGCUGCAGCACAGUAGUCACAGCUUUGCCUGUUAGGACGAACCUCUGGACCACGUAAACUCCAGUUUGAAACAAACAGGGACGGGAAUGUGUGGGAGACAUGAGGGUUGUUGAUGAAGCGUUCAGGUACCUUUUUCUUUGUAAUAAAUUGAACUAUUUCUGCACUUAGGUACGGAGUCCUGGCAUUGUUGGUUCUACUGCACUUUGCCAGCAGGCCGAAAUACAGCAGGUUUAUUUGGUCUUUUACUUGGUUGUACACUGGAACCAAUGGCCUUGAUAUUUUCUUAGAAAACAAGGUCACCUCAAAUAAGCAUCUGUGCCAACGAGGCUGAUUUUAUUUUUCAUUGUCUGUCUGCUGUUCUUGCCGUAAACGUACUGACAGUUAGCAGACCUGUGAUGGCAGGUGAAGAUAGCGACUGAACUUAAAGAACUGUUUUUUUUUUGGUUGUUUUUCAUGUAUUAUAUAAAAUUAUUGUGGUAUAAAAGUUGUUUUUUUUAGAAAGGGGAUUCUUAAUUUUGGAACUACUGAGCUUUCUUUUUCCCUUGCUUUUCUACUCACUCAGCGAAGAGAGGAAAUGUCUAUUGUUUGAGAUGUUGUUUUACUGAGAUAUUCUCAGAGCUUCACUGCUCUCUUUCUUCACUGUAUGCUGUACAUGUUGUGAUACACUGUUUGUGACUUCUGUGGUGUUUGAUGUAUCUUUUUACUUUGUUUCAACUGUGUAGAAUUUAUAAUGAAAAAAACCCAAGAAAAACCAAUCACACCCCA